AUGUACGGCGGGGUCCAGCCCGUACACCACUUUGAGGUCUCGCAGCAUCCCCGGCGCACUCCCACCCCACUCCACAGCACCAGCCCACUUCCACUGGGAGCUGCCGACGACUGGAACACCCACGCCCAGGUCGCCCACGCGCAGGCUCAGGCCGUUCAGGCCGUCCAGGCAGCUCAAGCCCACGCGCAAGCAGCAGCUCACGCCCAAGCCCAGUACGCAUCGUACCGGCACUUGACCCCAAUUCCCACCGACUCCCCUCAGCGCAAGUCCAGCGAGGGCUCGGAGGUUGAGGCCAGCAUGGCACUGUCCGGUCUUGGGCUUGCACUGCCGCACGUUUCCCACAUGCUCGGCAGCACCAUCAAGCGCCGCGACGAGCACAGCCCUCGAGUGACGCCGACUACUCAAAAGAAGCUCCGCAAAGACGACAAGCCAGCAAAGGACACGCGCAAGUCGUGCGCCGAGUGCCGCCGGCUCAAGGCCAAAUGCGACCGUGUUUUCCCAUGCUCCAACUGCCGCAGGCGCGGGUGUGCUGUUGUCUGCCCCGACGGUGAUUUGAGUUGCAUGCAGGGUAAGCGACUUGUGCUUGCGUCCACCGAGAAGCUCCACGACCGCAUUGCCCAGCUCGAAGCUGCUCUCUUCCAAGCGCACUCAAAGGUCGACACUGAGGCCCAUCCGCUCUUGGCACCCCAGUACCUUGAUGGCGGGUUCGCGAACUUGCCGUCCAAGACCCCACCCCUUAUUUCGCGCACCGACUCGCCGCCAUUCACUGAGUUGAAGAUGGAGGGUGGCCGUCGUUCGUCGUCUCCGGGCACAUACUCGUUCACACCAUCCAGAGUUGCGUCCGGUGGCCGUCUCACAGUCGAUGCUCUCUUGCUCUCCGACGAGAUUAUGGCUCGCGAGAGCGACUGGAUCGGCGAGAACUCGACCCCUGCCCAAUUUCUUCUUACUCCCGACCAGGGCCAGAACCGUCCCGCCAAUGCCAUCCGCCUUGCCGAGAUCAUGUCUGUAUUGCCCCCUCGCGAGGAGACCGGACGCCAUGCCGCACGCUUCUGGGUCCAGAGUGGAUGGUACCAGCACAUUCUCACGCGCGACGAGUUUGAGACCGUUUACGAGCCGGCCGUCUACAGUCCAACUCAAGCCAACCCCAUUUCGCCACACAAGCUGUCCAUCGUGCUCAUUGUGCUCAUGAUGGAUAGCUUCUUCGACCUUACUCGCGAGACCGAGGACCCCAAGGUUGCGAUGUACUGGGACGCGGUCCAACGGUGCUUCGACACUCGGUUUGGCUGGGCCGCAUCGGUUGCCGGUGUGCAGGCUCUCACCCUCAUCACCUACUUUGUGGGCUUUGGAUGGAAGGGGGCGAGCGCCUCCAACUUUUAUUGGGUGCGCCGCAUGACCACCGCUGUUCAGCAGCUCGGCAUGCACAAGGAGCCGCACCCUUUGAUCGAGUUUGGGGAGGCGGAGUUCCGCCGCCGCGUCUUCUGGGAGUCGUUUGUCUGCGAUGGUCUCAUGUCCAUCAACCAUGGUCAACGCACUGCUAUCCCUAUCGAGAACAUCGAGUGCCGCUACCCAAAUGUGUCGACACGCCUCACCACGCGUUACGAGUACAUGCGCCGCGUCAACUACAACGUCCUUGACCUGGGUCUCCGUCCCGACUCUAACCCGGCCAGCCCCGAGCAGAUCCGCGCUUGUGAGGAGGAACACAUGAAGUUUAACCCCAGCCGUGUUCCCUCUGAGCACUGCCCGGCCCUUGUCAACACUCCCAUGCCUGAGCCUCGUGUCGAUCUCACUUCAAUGGAGCCCUUGGACCUGGCAAACACCGCCAACUCGACUUGCUAUUACAAGUGCCUCUUGUUCCUUUACCGCCCGGCGCUGCGCCGUCUUGUUGGCCGCAUGCGUUCCAACCCCGACGUCAAGUUCUCCGCUUGGGACCACAAGGUCGCGACGACCACGAUGGAGACUUGCCGUCACCUCAUUACCGCGGGCAAGUACUUUUCUCGCCGCCAGCCUCGUCUUGCUGGACGCACGUGGACCACCUGGGUUCAGAUCUUCUCUGCUGCGGUGUCAAUGUCUGCCCUUGCUGUCUGGUGCUCGCCCCACAUGGACCCAUCUUUCCUCGCGCAGGCGUACCACGACCUCGAGGAGGUUCGUCAGCUUAUCGAGGGUGUCAGCUCGGACAGGGCCAACAGCAUUUCGUGUCUCAUGCCUGCCCUCCAGGGCAUGGUUGCUGGCCGCUACCCUCACCUUGUUGGACAGGACGCGAGCGCAGUGUGUAUCCACACGCAGUCCGAGGACAUGUUGUUUGGUCUUCUCGGCGGCGAGGUCUCCAACUAUGGUCCUCCUGGUCUCAUGUCCACCGAGAGUAUGGCGCCGUUCCCGUUCGUCGCACCUUCGAUGCCCACGCCCGUCCCGACUCAGCCCAGUCAGGCCGCUGGUCUUCGCCCCGUCGCUGCUGGCUCGCAGACGCCUCGCCAGAACAGUGGCAGCUCUGGAUCGGCCGUCGGAUCUGGAGGCUCCCUCUCACCUGUGGACUGGACGACCACACCUCCCGACGCGUCGGUGGGCUCCAACGUCGACUGGAACACCAUGUCCAACUACAUGGUGCUCCCGCCUCAGCAGACGCCGGCGCCAGCGCGCUCGGCUCCAACUCCAGGUCGUUUCCAGAGCUCGCUCCCGACCCCUCCCAUGCCCGACAAUAGCAUGAUGAUGCAGGCAGCGACACCGGGCGUCGGGGACGACUCGGAACCCCUCUCCACCACGGAGCUCUGGGCCCGUCUCCAGACCUUCUACGAGCCCACGGUAUGGUGGGGUCUCGGCGACGGCUACGACGUCAUGCCCCCCGUUCGCACGCCUUCGGGCGCCGGGUCCAUCCCGCAGACGAUGCAGACGGGCAUGGGUAUGGCUACCCCCGUCUUCACCCCUGUCCCCACUGUCCCAAUGGGUGUUUACCACCACUGA